UCAAGGACCAGCGCGUCGCCGCCGCGUCCGCCCUCGCCGCGCCGUCGCCCGCGUCCAGCAGCAGCCACAGCAGCGGCAGCGGCAGCGGGUAGCGGCGGCGACGACGACGACGAAGGCAAGAGGGACGACGGCAACGGGAGACGGAAGAGGCGGGCGGGCGCCAGGAGAAGGCAGAGGAAGGAAAGCCUGGAAUCGACCGAGUCCACGGGCGUUCGGGUGGAGGAGUCCGGAUCUCUGCCGCCCACGGGCACGGAGGCGCGACUCGGCGACGCGGAGGCGUGCGGACGGGGGGCGGGAGACGGACCGGGCGAGCAGCACGACGACCUCGAGCGCGUGGUGUUCAACGUGUCGGGGCUGCGCUUCGAGACGCAGCUGGGCACGCUCGCCAAGUUCCCCGACACGCUGCUGGGCGACGCGGAGAGGCGGUCGUGCUACUUCGACCCCCUGCGCAACGAGUACUUCUUCGACCGCAACCGACCCAGCUUCGACGCCAUCCUCUACUACUACCAGUCGGGCGGCAGGCUGCGCAGGCCGGCGAGCGUCCCCUUCGACAUCUUCGCGGAGGAGAUCAAGUUCUACGAGCUGGGCGACGAGGCGAUGGUGCGCUUCCGCGAGGACGAGGGCUACGCCAGGGAGGAGGAGAGGCCCAUGCCGGCGAGCGAGUUCCAGCGCCGCGUGUGGCUGCUCUUCGAGUACCCCGAGAGCUCGGGGGCGGCGCGCGGCAUCGCCAUCGUGUCGGUGCUCAUCAUCGUCGUCUCCAUCAUCAUCUUCUGCGUCGAGACGCUGCCCAUGUUCCGGGAGGAGAGGGAGAACACCUCGCUCGCCGUGCCAUUCGUCAACGGCACUGAGGCGGAGGGCGCGGCCUCCGGCAGCUCGUUCAUGGACCCGUUCUUCAUCAUCGAGACCAUCUGCAUCGUGUGGUUCAGUUUCGAGUUCACGGUGCGCUUUCUCGCAAGUCCCAGCAAGCCGGCCUUCUUCAAGGACAUCAUGAACAUCAUCGACAUCGUGGCCAUCGUGCCUUACUUCAUCACCCUGGGCACUGAGCUGGCGGAGCAGCAGGGCAACGGGCAGCAGACGAUGUCGCUCGCGAUCUUCAGGGUCGUCCGCCUCGUGCGCGUCUUCAGGAUCUUCAAGCUGUCGCGACACUCCAAGGGGCUGCAGAUCCUGGGCCAGACCCUGAGCGCCUCCAUGCGCGAGCUGGGCCUCCUCAUCUUCUUCCUCUUCAUCGGCGUCAUCCUCUUCUCGAGCGCCGUCUACUUCACCGAGUCCGACGAUUCCGACACGGACUUCACGAGCAUCCCGCACGCCUUCUGGUGGGCCGUCGUCACGAUGACCACGGUGGGCUACGGCGACAUGUGGCCCAAGACCGUGGGCGGGAAGAUCGUGGGCUCGCUGUGCGCCAUCGCGGGCGUGCUCACGAUCGCGCUGCCCGUGCCCGUGAUCGUCUCCAACUUCAACUACUUCUACCACCGCGAGAUGGACAGCGAGGACCAGGGUGAGUACUCGCACGUGUCCAGCCUCAACACCAGUGACGACGGAGGAGGUGGAGGAGGGGGAGGAGGUGGAGGCGAUGAAGAAGUCUUCAAGCAAAUGUCCAUGGAGGUCAACCCGCAGAGCGGCAGGGGCGAUGGGGCUGACGUGGUGUCCAUCCUCAAGGAGGUGGACUCCGGACAAGUGCCCAAUAGCCUGAGUGAGCAGACGGGGCUAAGACCCAUUGCCUAGUGCCCGCCAAGUCACAUCAUCGACGCAGAGGAGCUUUCGCACGUGCGACAGACGGCUCCGACGAUGGACUCGGCGCGUAAAAAUAGACUCGACUGAGACUGUGGCCACGAAGACGCAGCGGCAUGCGAGAAGUCAUCUGUAAUGAACAAAGGGCGAUCAUGGGAAACGUUAGUUCCGAGUUAAAACUGCAAAGCCAGGAGGCACAAAAUAAGCUGCUAUAAUCGUGGAAUAUUGUAUUUUUUUGUAGUUCGAUCAACCAAACCAAUGGUAUUGUCAUACAUCCUACUCACAGUCCUUAUGGCUCUAAUGAGUCCAAAUUUGUCAAUAUUUUAGAUCUGAAUUUUUUUCUAUAUAAGCAUGCAAGCUUGCGCUCACACAAAGACAUUUUUUUUCGUAUUUUUAAACUUGUACCCGCUAACGACUUGGGUUCACAAUGAAGAUAUAUCCUUGAGAACUACGUGGGCAGGUUUUUAGGGCUGCUAUGCAUGAUCAACAGUUGUUAAAUGAAGCUGACAAUGAAAACUUGAGCACAAUCGUAAACUUAAACGACUUGCUGGCGGUAAUGCAGAUGGAGCGCGCCAAAAAGGUUGACGGUCGACUUAAAAGACCCGCACGAUCGAUCAUCGAAUGAAACACAAAGGAAACAACAACAAGAAUCGGAGGUAUAAUUCCCAUUCCGUGCAUCAAGCUGUGAGUAAAUCAACGAGUCGGGAACACCGAGAUGUUCUCUUGAGCUGAGAAAUACUUACUAAAACAUUUCCUGAACGGUGGCAUCAACAGAACGACGCGCGGGGGGCUAUAUGAUGAUAAUAAUUUCAGAUGUUGGGCUGAAAAUGCUUUGCACGUGCGUGUUUGGCGGCUGUGUGUUCAGAUAUGCACCGAUUCCUCAACUCCUCGGUGUUUGAUGUUGGACAGCUAUGGCGGCACGUGCCACGGUGGAGGAAUCGGCAGUCGUUUGUGCGUGUCUACGUUGAACUUCUUUCGCACCGUACGUAGCCAACCAUGAUAAUUGGGAGGUGCGGGGGAAGGACAACACACUUAAUGCAAAAAAAAGGAGUUAUUCAAAAAAUGCGUUUGUCAGUCGAGAUUUAAAAGAGCAUAUAGAUGGCAGUGGCUUCCCAACAUUGGAAGGGACGUUGCAGACGGACGCAGAAGCGCAUCUGAAAGCGACCGUGCGAAGUGGUGACCGUCUUUGUUCGAUGGCUCAGCCCAAAGGCCGCUUGCUGCUGCGAGGACGACUUGAGUUCGCGUGAUCACCGUGGACAAAGCGAGAUCCUAUUACUGACGCCGUUCACGUUCAUUACCUUUUUCUUUCGUACAAAAUGGCCCGUCUUGUUCGUAGAAUGCGAUACAGCCAAAGAUAGCGAUAGCCCAAGCGACGAAUGUACAGCACUCCGGUGUGCUGAAGCAGCAACACAUUGGCACGUUUUCGUUUACGUUACAAACCUAAUUGGCUGUGUUGGGUGGUGGCGGGUUAACGACACAUUUAUAUCCGCGUGAUCUUGCCCGAAAAGAAACGUUUGUCGUGGACAGCACCCGUACAGCAGCUCGUUGUGUCCGUCCGCUGCUGCGCAACGGCCUGGCCGUGCCACGUGGAUCACGGGGAUUAUUUGACCAACGAUUUGUCCACGGGAUACGCGCGGGGGACACUUUGGCUUCGGGGAGGGAUGUUGGCACGAGGGGGGCGGCCGAUAUUUGCUCCUCGAGAGUAACCCAAGCUGAGCAUGUUUGGUGCUAUGAGGCCGGCCCCUAUCAUCCACUCAUCCUCAUCACAUUAAGCAGCCCACCCUCCCUCCCUCCCUUCCUUCCUUAACCUCCUUCCGUUCCUGUCUUAAAGCCUGAAACUUCUUCUCCACCGUCCAUUCCUCCUACUCCUCCUCUUCCUUCCCCCUCCACUCCUUCCCAUCCCCUUUCCCUCGACCUUCAUUGCACCUCUCCAUCCUGAUCACCCGUUUCUCGUCCGCUGAAACGCCCCGGCCAUCGAAAUUGUUUAUUUGUAUAUACCGUCUGUGUUAAAUUAUGUUAAGCGCCUCGAGGCGCUCUAUAAAUAAAGCACAAGAUCAUCACCACCAUGAUCGGAUAUGCAGUAUUGUAUUGCCAUACGCAAGAAUAGAAUCGAAUCGUCGUGAGAAACGCGUAAGGUGACAGAGGGCCCCACGUUGCGCCCACACGGGGCGUCCACCGCGUUAUAGAAGGAUGAGGCCUCCACCUGCAAGGUGAGGCCCGCGCCUGCGGGCAGUGCGAACAAGAUAAGUAAUAUUAAAAAACAAAACUUUUUUUAAAACC